AUGAUUGAUUCAACAAGAACUACACAACAUAAACAUGAGAAUAAAUAUCAUGAUGAUGAAAAUACACAAAAUCAAACAUAUAAUCGUACAUCACCUGCAUCACCCCAACAACAAAACCAACCUUCAUCAGUCUCAACACCAUCAGGAAAUGGACAAAAAACAGAAAAAUCAAAUGAACAAAAACCACAAAAAGAAGACUCAAAAGGACAACCUCAACAACCACCAAGUCAACCAAAUUCAUCAGCAAAACCAAGUGAAGAAACGUCACCAACUCAAACAACAAACAACCCAACACAAAUAAGUCCAUCAACUUCAACUCAACAACCAAAAGGAAAUAAAGACACACAACAAAAAGAUGAACCACCAAAAGAACAACAACAAAAUCAUCCACAACAAAAUGAAAAACAAGAUAAUAAAAAUACAACUACUUCUGAUAUUUCACAUGAUAAAACUGUUGUUAGUUCUGUUGAUAUUUCUGAUAAUCACAAUAAUCUUGAUGGAACAUCAGGUAUGUUUAUGUUUUUGACUUUUGUUAUUCAUUUGUUCUUCUUCUAA